UUGCAGAGCAUUUACUCCUGUGACACGGUGACGUAUCCUUUCUUUCCUCCCAUCCACCUGUUUUCAUGUUCACUCACUUUUUCAAUUUUUUUUCCUUUAUUUUAACAUUUUCCGCCGUGCACUCGUAGCAAGAUAAACCAAACAACCGACUUCCUUAAUCCUUAACCAAAAAGAAAUCUUGUCUGAAAACAAACACAACCCAAUAGAGAUCAAACCAAAUGCAACCGACACACGGUGGCACUAGCGGCGGCUCCAGUACCGGACUCUCCAGGUUCCGGUCAGCUCCGGCAACAUGGCUAGAAGCUCUACUGGAAUCUGAAGAAGAAGACGUCAUCAUUGAUCCACCCAAACCAACCUUAACACCUCCUAUAGUUCCUCAUGUUCAUCAACACACUUCCAUUGCAACAACAACAACCACUGCUGACACAAAACCUACGUUUGUUGAUCCAAAUUUGCUGAUACCUAAUCCCAUCGGUCUCCGACAAAACAGUUCUCCAGCUGAGUUUCUUUCUCAGAUCAACAAUCCCGAUGCGUUUCUACCUAACUACUCAACUGCUAGUUUUGAUGAUUAUCUUUCAUCUUCUAGAGACAUCGGUGGUGGGUUAGAUAAUCAACGAGCUAAGUUCACCACUCAACUGAGUGGAGAUCAAAGUAUGUUGUUGGAUGCUGAUAUGGAUAAGAUUUUGGGGGAUUCUGUGCCGUGUAGAGUGCGGGCGAAGCGCGGGUGUGCGACUCAUCCUCGGAGUAUCGCGGAGCGGGUUAGGAGGACUCGGAUUAGUGACAGAAUAAGGAAGCUUCAAGAACUGGUUCCAAAUAUGGAUAAGCAAACCAAUACAGCAGAUAUGUUAGACGAGGCGGUGGAGUAUGUCAAGUUUCUGCAAAGACAGAUUCAGGAACUUAGGGAGCAUCAAGACAAAUGCACAUGUCAAUCAAUAUCAACAUGAAGAAAUGACUCAAAUGGCCGGUGUUUAUGUUGUAAACAUCUCCUUUUGUGCUAUAGUGCUUCUUCCAACACCUGAGAUCAAAUUAUAAUUUUUUUGUUUCGUGACUCGUGUAAUACUAUUAGAAACGAGUAGAUUAAGGUUAUAUAUGCGAUGCUGGUCACUCGCUUGUAUCAUGGGUACUCACCUCUAGGAUGUUGCUGGUACGGUAGUAACUUGUUUAGUGAAGCAUGACUGAAUGUGUAUGCUUGGCUUUUGCUAAUUACCUACUCCCCUUAAAACAAUGUAGGGAGCUUAUAUGUGAUAAUGUUGUCUAGUAGUGGUUCGGAAAUGUAAGACCGGGCUGGUUUGGCCGUUAGGAGUGUACAAGCUUCCCUCAUUGACACUCCAGAAUGAAUAAACUAAAGCUGAGAGCUUUAUUGAGUA